ACUCUCUCUUUUCUCCAUCAGGCACACGCAGUCACACAGUAAAAGAAAAGUUUGGUGGCUUCUUUUUUUUGUUUUAAGCACAAAGAGUCCACUGAAAACUGCCAAGUUGGGAGCUGUGAUUUACAACCCACCAAACUCUCCCAAAAUGCCUGCUGCUUCAUCAUAUUCUCUUCAAACUUGUUCUUCAUCAGCAAGAAGCAUUGCCUCCAAAACUACCCAACCUCUUGCAUUAACUGAUCAUCAUCAGCGCUUCAGAUCACUCUCCUUCUCUUCUCAACUUCACAGUCUCGAUCUCUCAAUCAAAAUUGCAGAUUCAAGAAGAGAGUUGGAUUCUAAUAGAUUAAAUGCUGUUGUGAGAGCUCAAAGUAGCUUAGGAACCAUGGAGGUUGAUAUCUCUCUGAGUCCAAGGGUAAAUUCAGUGAAGCCUUCAAAGACAGUUGCUAUCACUGACCAAGCUACAGCUCUUGUACAAGCUGGAGUGCCUGUUAUUCGCUUAGCUGCUGGGGAACCUGAUUUUGAUACCCCAGCUGUAAUAGCAGAGGCUGGGAUUAAUGCAAUACGUGAGGGAUACACCAGGUACACCCCAAAUGCUGGUACUUCAGAACUUCGCUCAGCUAUUUGUCGUAAGCUGAAAGAGGAGAAUGGGUUAUCCUACACACCCGAUCAGAUAUUGGUUAGUAAUGGGGCAAAGCAGAGUAUUCUUCAGGCAGUGCUUGCUGUUUGCUCCCCUGGAGAUGAGGUUUUAAUUCCAGCUCCCUUUUGGGUAAGUUACCCAGAAAUGGCAAGGUUGGCCGAUGCAACCCCAGUGAUUCUUCCAACUCAGAUAUCUGACAACUUUCUGUUAGAUCCCAAACUUCUGGAGUCCAAACUAACUGAGAAGUCAAGGCUGCUGAUUCUUUGCUCCCCAUCCAAUCCAACCGGAUCUGUUUAUCCGCGUAAGUUGCUUGAGGAGAUUGCUGGGAUCGUAGCAAGGCAUCCUAGGCUUCUAGUUCUAUCUGAUGAAAUAUAUGAGCACAUUAUUUACUCUCCGGCAACCCAUACAAGCUUUGCAGCUUUGCAUGGCAUGUGGGAGAGGACUUUAACUGUUAAUGGAUUUUCAAAGGCUUUUGCAAUGACUGGCUGGAGACUUGGAUACCUUGCUGGUCCCAAACACUUUGUUUCUGCAUGUAACAAGAUCCAAAGCCAGUUUACUUCAGGUGCAAGCAGCAUAUCUCAAAAAGCAGCUGUUGCUGCUUUAGAAAUGGGCUAUGCUGGUGGAGAAGCAAUUGCGACUAUGGUCAAAGCCUUCCGUGAACGGCGAGAUUUUCUGGUUAAAGGUUUUCGGGAAUUGGAUGGUGUCAAAAUUUCUGAGCCUCAGGGAGCUUUCUAUCUCUUCCUUGACUUCAGCUCUUAUUACGGAGCAGAGAUUGAUGGCUUUGGCAAAAUCGAUGGUUCAGAAUCGUUGUGCCGUUAUUUACUGGACAAGGCUCAAGUUGCUCUUGUUCCUGGAGAUGCAUUCGGAGACGACACCUGCAUUCGCAUCUCAUAUGCAGCAUCUCUUUCCACUCUGCAGGCUGCAUUUGAGAGGAUCAAGAAAGCACUAGUAACUCGCAGGCCUCCUGUACCUGUUUAAAUCUAUAUUGCCAAUCAUAUAUCCUGAAACACAAUAUCUGGGUGAUCAGAAUUUGUAUGUUGCUGUAAGUAGACCUCUGUAAGAAUAAUUUUUCUGAACCUCUUGUAAUUUUUCCACCCAGCUUUAUUUGGUUUAGUGUAACAGAAACAAUUUGUAUUUGACUGGACCUUUUCAUAUCCUUUAAAUGGUCUUUGUACGCUGCCUAAAUUAUGAUAAAUUAAAAGCUGAUUCUUUCCCCCUUGCUUUUA